UUAGUGGUUUGUUCGGCAGCUAUCUGGUUGCUAGGUACCAUAGCAGCAUAGCAGUUCAUUCAUAAACACUGGGCAAAUUUGCACAACCAAUCAGAAAUUUGCAGUCAUUUAUCAUUUUACAACUUGUACAAUGCAAUAGAGAGGUAUAGAUGUGAGUAUUUCUAAUGUUCUGUUUUUUUCUUAUUAUAAGAGAAGGGGCUCCACAAACUGCAAAGGUGUUGCAAAGAGCAAAAGCCAUAGGAGAGAAUUUUUACCUGUGGAACCACUGUCUUUGAGAAGAAUGAACAAGAAGAGUGUAAUGGUCCCUGUCCUGCUGCUUCUGUGUUGCGGCAACACUGCAGGUUCCAAUAUAAGCCUGAGAACUUUCAUUGGAUGUGCUGUGAGGGAAUUCACAUUCUUAGCAAAGAAACCAGGCUGCAAAGGCCUGCGUGUUACUACUGAUGCCUGCUGGGGGCGCUGUGAGACUUGGGAGAAGCCAGUCCUAGAUCCUCCUUACAUAGAAGCUCACCACAGAGUCUGCACCUACAAUGAAACCAAACUGGUUACAGUAAAACUGCCCAACUGCAGCCCAGACAUUGACCCAUUCUUUACCUACCCUGUUGCCGUUAGAUGUGACUGUGACAUUUGUUCGACAUCAACAACAGAGUGUGUGACGUUUUAAGGUGUCCCUUCCAACACAAGCAGGUUUCUUCAGACGAUUUGGAUGGCACAUACUGGAACCCCAUAUUUAGCAGGGAAGAGGGUUUAAGCUGUAUGGAACCUACUGAUACUGACUUGUACUCUCUAUUUGCACAAAGGUGUUAUAUGCAGUGGGAUUUAAGCAUUAUUGUAUAACAUUUGCAUUUUAGAUUAAUUCUGUAACAGCCAACAAGUUUGUAUUAUCACGCUGACUGGGCAGAAUAUGCUGGGUAAAUGUAUUUGCUUUCAUAUAAUAAAAUGAUCAGAAAAGAUAUGUGCCCUCCUCUGA